GAUUCGUGACGUAAGUAAAGCUAUAAAUAAACCGGGAAAUUGCUGCUCCUAACCGACAUUUUUGUGACGAUUUUAGUGGUUGUGUUGUGUUUCUUUAUCGCGGAAGAAGUUAAUUUUAAUAAUGGCACGUACCAAACAGACUGCUCGUAAGUCGACUGGUGGCAAAGCUCCACGUAAACAGCUCGCUACAAAAGCGGCUCGUAAGAGUGCUCCAUCUACUGGAGGUGUAAAGAAACCCCAUCGUUACAGGCCGGGAACUGUGGCAUUGAGAGAAAUCCGUCGUUACCAGAAAAGCACAGAAUUGUUGAUAAGGAAAUUGCCAUUCCAGCGUUUGGUUCGUGAAAUAGCUCAGGAUUUCAAAACAGAUCUUCGUUUCCAGAGUGCAGCAAUUGGAGCCCUUCAAGAAGCCAGUGAAGCCUACCUCGUUGGACUUUUUGAAGAUACAAAUUUAUGUGCUAUCCAUGCUAAACGUGUAACAAUCAUGCCCAAAGACAUUCAGCUGGCAAGACGUAUUCGUGGCGAGCGUGCUUAAACACUUUUCCCUUCCUGUUGACAUGUUUUUAUUUCAUCCAAACUAUGAAUCACGUAUAUAUUGAAAUUUAAAUGCUAGUUCCAGAUGUCUUUCUAUAAAAACCUAUCGUAUUGAAGGAAAACAAGUUCACUCACAGGUACAGGAUGAAAUAUUUUAUAUUGAGUGAGGACUAUUCAUCCGUAUUUAGAUAGUACAUAGUGAGUCAAUUGAUUUUAUAUUAAAGAGAGAAUUUGUACGUCUUAACUUAUGACUAUUGUUUUUGCUUUUACUAUUGUCUUUAUCUUACUUUGUGUUUUCUUUGUCUACUUGUCCUCUUUGCGUGUAUGCUGUAUAUGACAGUUGUGUGCAGUACAGCAACUGUAUUACAAUAUUCUUACAUGAUUUUAACCAGAACAGUGAAAAAUAUCUCCACACUGUAACUUCAUACAUAACACUAUUUUAAAGAAACAAUAAAAAACACCACUUCAGGAA